GAAUUGUCUGCACUUUCUUACUUCAUCAUGCCUAGCCCAUCUUCAACACAAGAGUUCAUGGUCUUCCAUGGUACUGUUAUACACUCAUUAUCUCCAAGCGACCUCGAAAUCAAUGAAAAUGCUGUGGUAGUAGUCAAUGUCGCCACCGGCAAGAUUGUGCUUAUGGAGCGCAAGGUCGACAAGCUGAAUGAAUUUUUGUCUGGACUCAGUCUGCUGGAGAACAAGCAAUAUAAUGUCAACGUUUUGAAAAAAGAUCAAUUCAUUCUUCCUGGCUUUAUUGAUACUCAUGCGCAUGCUCCGCAAUUUUCAUAUGCAGCUACCGGAAUGGACCUACCUCUGCUCGACUGGCUCGACACGUACACAUUCCCUAAAGAGGCUGAGUAUGCAGAAUCCGAACAUGCUCAAAACGUAUAUAGCAAGGUUGUGGAUAGGUUUUUGAGCUGUGGUACUACGACCUGCAGCUGGUUUGCCACCAUUCACUUGGAAGCUAGCAAGAUCUUGACGGAUGUCAUUGAAGAAAAGGGUCAGCGUGCUUACAUCGGAAAGGUGAACAUGGACCAAAACUCGCCAGACUACUACAUCGAAAAGACAGAAUCAAGUGUCAGCGACACAAGAACCUUCAUUGAAUAUGUUCAGGCCAAAAACAACGAGCUUUUGACUCCCAUUAUCACACCUCGCUUUGCAAUCUCUUGCACGUCCCCCCUCCUCAAAGCCUUAGGAGACCUGGCCAAGGAGUAUCAAGUUCCGAUUCAAUCUCAUUUGUGUGAAAAUGUAGCUGAGAUCGAAUUUACUCAAUCAUUAUUCCCCAACUCUGUUAAUUAUACGGCGGUUUACGACGACCAUGGUCUUCUCAACGAUAAGACGAUCAUGGCUCAUUGCGUUCAUAUGACAGAGGAUGAACUCAAGCUUAUCAAGGAGCGCGAGGCCGGCGUAUCACAUUGUCCAAACUCUAACUUCAAUCUGCAAAGUGGCGUUGCUGAUAUCCGACACUAUUUGGACCUGGAUAUCAAGUGCAGUCUUGGAACCGAUGUUGCAGGUGGAUUUGCAACCUCCAUUUUGGACGCUAUGCGGUCCGCUUUUACUGCCUCCAACACCAUUGGUAUCUUGAAAUCUCAAUACGGAAAUCGUUCUCCCAAGCCAUACAAAGCACUGGAUGCUAAAGAAUUGAUCUAUCUUGCAACACUGGGUGGUGCAAAGGUCGUUGGUAUGGAGGACAAGAUUGGUAACUUCAAGGUUGGAAAGGAUUUCGAUGCUCUUGUUGUUGAUGCUUCUGAUAAUGGUCCUGUCCGCCUGUUCCGACACGAUGGUGCCUGGGAAACUCUUCAGAAGUUCUUGUUUACUGGCGAUGAAAGAUGUCUCAGUCACGUGUAUGUCAGGGGCAGACGAGUAGCUGGUUGGAAGCAGUAAUAUUAUCUAUUGAUUAUUUGGGAAGAAAAUAAACAUUAAUUUUUAUAACCCAUUUGUAAG